AUGCGCAACUAUGGCAGUAGACCAUUUCGAAUCUCUGUCAAAGUAAUAGCCUCUGCCAUUGACACCUCUAGGGGAAUAGCCGAGCUCAAGCUCAAAUCCGAGCUUAAACAGAACGAUCGUUUACGUAUUGUCCAAAAUGUCCUCGUUGAUUGCGAAGCCUUGAAAAGGAGAAAUUAUAGUCUCAAAAGCAAUAUAUACAAAAAUAAUGAUGUAAUGAUAAGAGAUGAGAAUAAUGUUAAGGAAAUGACAGUUUUGGCUUCUUCAACAAAGAAUGGCUACGUGUGA